UACUUCCUAGAAACAGCAAGUAGGCUGCUCAACCCUGCCUGAACUUUCCUGUAAACACAGCGCACUGACAGACGGCAUCCCUGCUGGGUGGAUCCUGCAACUCCUAGAGGGAAUGGCACUUCUUGUUUUUAAUUAGCAAGGUAAAAGGUGAAUUAAAACUAGCAGUUUGGCAAGUCAGUGCAAGAGGCUGACUUCUGAGAGGCUCUGGCGAGCCAGAGGAGAAGAGCUCCACGGAGAAGGCAGCAGUGCGUGUGCUCCGUAUUUUUUUUUUUUUUUCUUUUUUUCUGAAUGAACCGCUCGCCUAAGUGACUAAAAAAUACAGCUUCUUUCUGAAUCUACCGGCUUAGUUGCUGAAGAGAGCUCUAGACAGGACAUGGCUCUGAAGACGCACUCUUUGGAAUGUCCUCUUGCUCCCGGCUUAUAAACAACUGUCCUGAGGAAAGAAAGGUUCUACAUAUCCAAAUACAGCCUGACAAAUGGCACUUUGGAACUGUGCUUUCUGAUGACAACGCGUUCGAUUUCUGACAAAGCCUCUCGCACGCUGCCCCUGGAGGGAAGUCCUAAGUAAAACUCAAACCCUCCUUAAAGUGAGGAGCGGAGAGGGCUUGCAGGUUGAGCGCGGCAGCAUGGCAUCCGCUGGGCAUAUUAUCACCUUGCUCCUGUGGGGUUACUUACUGGAGCUUUGGACAGGAGGUCACACAGCUGAUACCUCCCACCCCCGGUUACGCCUGUCACAUAAAGAACUCUUGGAACUGAACAGAACAUCAAUAUUUCAUAGCCCUUUUGGAUUUCUUGAUCUCCACGCAAUGCUGCUGGAUGAAUACCAAGAGCGACUCUUCGUGGGAGGCAGGGACCUUGUGUAUUCCCUCAGCUUGGAGAGAAUCAGUGACGGCUAUAGAGAGGUCUAUUUACCAUCUACCCACUUCUUCUCUGACAAACAGGGUAAGGAUUCUAGUGAAUGUGCAAAUUACGUUCGGGUUUUGCAUCACUAUAACAGGACACACCUUUUGACAUGUGGUACUGGAGCUUUUGACCCCAUUUGUGCCUUCAUCAGAGUUGGAUAUCAUUUGGAGGAUCCUCUGUUUCACCUGGAGUCACACAGAUCUGAGAGAGGAAGGGGCAGAUGUCCUUUUGACCCCAGCUCCUCCUUCAUCUCCACUUUAAUUGGUAGUGAAUUGUUUGCUGGGCUCUACAGUGACUACUGGGGCAGAGAUGCUGCAAUCUUCAGGAGCCUGGGGCGACUGGCCCACAUUCGCACUGAGCAUGACGAUGAACGCCUGUUGAAAGAACCAAAAUUUGUAGGUUCAUAUAUGAUUCCUGACAAUGAAGACCGAGAUGACAACAAAGUGUAUUUCUUUUUUACUGAGAAGGCCCUGGAAGCAGAAAACAACGCUCACACAGUUUACACCAGAGUGGGGCGACUCUGUGUGGAUCCAGUUCCUAUUAUUUCUAUGGAGAUUUCUUCAAAGAGACAACAGCUGUAUAUUGGAUCUGCUUCUGCCGUGGCUCAAGUCAGAUUCCAUCACUGUGACAUGUAUGGAACUGCUUGUGCUGACUGCUGCCUGGCUCGAGACCCUUACUGUGCCUGGGAUGGCAUAUCCUGCUCCCGGUAUUACCCAACAGGCACACAUGCGAAAAGGCGGUUUCGCAGACAGGAUGUUCGGCAUGGAAACGCAGCUCAGCAAUGCUUUGGACAGCAGUUUAUUGGGGAUGCUUUGGAUAAGACUGAAGAGCGGCUGGCUUACGGCAUAGAGAACAACAGUACUUUGCUGGAAUGCACCCCACGAUCUUUGCAAGCCAAGGUCAUCUGGUUUGUACAGAAAGGACGUGAAACAAGAAAAGAGGAGGUGAAGACGGAUGACAGAGUGGUUAAGAUGGACCUUGGUUUACUCUUCCUAAGGGUACACAGAUCAGAUGCUGGGACCUACUUUUGCCAAACAGUAGAGCACAGUUUUGUCCAUACUGUCCGUAAAAUCACCUUGGAGGUGGUGGAAGAGGAACGAGUUGAGGAAAUGUUUAACAAAGACUAU